AUGUUAAUGACUGCUUUGCCUGCUAAACCUGGUACAGAUUUGGCGAGCAAAUUGUUAUUGCAAGAUUCACAAUUGAAGAACAUGAUCAUUGCAGAAGUGGUUGGCAAGGGAAUAGGCGGUGAAGCAUAUUACGUUGGCCCAUUGAUUGUCGAAAUCCAGCAAAAAGUGAACCAACCAUUUAUGGCCCGUGCCAUUCGCUAUUGUCUCGACAUUUUCGAAGAAACAACCAUUGUACCAAUAUUGGUCGUAUUCAACGUAAAAGGCUUCUCAGGGACGCAGUUUCUUAAAGAAACGUUCACGAAAGCAGACGAUCAAUGUUUUUACACUCUGUACUGUCAUCCUUGGGCAAAGUCCGUCUACAUAUACAACGCUGAUUCAAUUGCAAAGCAUAUGUCAACACCAUUACAACCUAUUAUUGCGUUGGCCAAUUUUUUCACUCAGCAACAACGGCACCUUAUGACAUUGGAUGAAUUUAACGACCCUACCUUGCACACGAUAUACCGCGCAGCAUACACAUCAUUUUCAAAGCAUUGUGCACAACAAUCUGAUCAACUCAAGACAAUGCAAGAGUUUUGUGACGCCAUUAGCCUUCAAUUUGGAAAAAUCAUUACAUAA